CGUGCUCAGGUCAGGCAGGGACUCCCUCGUGCCUGUCCUCCAUCUUGAGAGACGCUCGUCUUCACAGGUGUGAAAUUCAGAUUUGCGUUGGCAACUGUAAAGUCACCCAAAAGGGUGAAUCAUGGAAGAGAUCCAAGCUGCGCCUAGUAGCAAGCCAGAAAAUACAAAUGAGAAUUCCAAUCCAUGGAUAGAACAGUACUUCAACCACAAAUGCUGCAUCACCUUCCUGACUGGCUGCUACAGUUGCCAGUGGCAAUACAGAAAGUGGGAAAAAACUGAACUUGGAUCCUGUUGCUGCUCCCGGAAAGAGCAAUUUUUUUAUGUUUGCCUGGUAAUUGCAUUCCUCGUUACUGUGCUUUUUCUGUUCAUCUGGGUAGAAACCUCCAAUGAAUACAAUGGCUUUGACUGGGUCGUUUAUCUAGGGACAGGACGCUGGUUCUUGUGGUCCAUUUUGGUGCUGAGUGCAGGUGUGAUCAUGGUUGCCUACACUUCCUUGCUUUUGUUGAUUGGGUUUCUGUUGCUCUGGGAAAGGAUUGAACUAAACCUGCAUACGUCUCAUAAGGUCUUCAUUUUGCUAAUCAUUUUCCUGUGUUCCUUCUUAAUUGGUGUUUUAAGUUAUUUCUGGAAGGACAAGUGGCUGAUAGCCGGGCUGUCAGUGCAGAUCUUUGCUCCCUUCGUGCACCUGAGCCUCAUAACUGUGAUGAUUAUAGUUUCCUGGCCUCUAGCCAUCUGUGUGGCCCGCUUGGAAUCAGAAGUUAAAAUAAGAAGAUACAGGAUGACAGAUUAUGAGCAAGAAGUACUGCAGAGGUGUAAUGUAUUCCAAAGGUUAAGAGCUCUACAACUAGCUGCUGGACUGUCCUUCCUGAUCGUUCUUUUAUGCCUUUAUUUGAUGCCUCUGGGGAUUUAUUCUCCCUGUGUUCUAAAGAAGGAGAAUUUGGGGCCUAAGCCUACCCUCUUUGGACAUAGAGGAGCACCCAUGUUGGCGCCAGAGAAUACCAUGAUGUCCUUUGAGAAGGCCGUUGAAUUUCAUGCUUCUGGCCUGGAGACAGAUAUAUACUUAAGUUACGAUAGUGUGCCUUUCCUCAUGCAUGACUAUGACCUAACUAGAACAACCAAUAUCAGAGAGGUUCUACCAUCAGCUGCUAGAAACCACUCUUCCAGCUUCAAUUGGACUUUCCUGUCAACUCUGAAUGCCGGCCAAUGGUUCUUAAAGCAUAAGCCGUUUUUUGGCAUGAAACCUUUAUCAGAGGCUGACAAAAGAAAAGCAGGCAACCAGUCAAUUCCACAGCUGUCUGAGUUCUUGGAAUUAGCAAAAAAAGAAGAGAAGAUUGUGAUAUUUGAUCUUUUCGGCCCUCCACCAGGACAUCCUCUCAGAAACACUUUUGUCCGAAGAGUAGUAAGGGUCAUCCUUGACUCUAAUAUUAAACAACGUCUGAUAUUUUGGUUGCCAGGUUUUGACAGAGACUAUGUCAGGCACAUGGCUCCUGGUUUUCAGCACGUGGGCCGUUUAUGGUCUAUCAAAGAGCUUACAGAACAGAAUAUUAGUAUAAUAAAUGUUGACUAUAAGAGAUUGUUCUACGCUGGGUUGAGACAUUAUCAGGAAGCUAAAAUCUACAUCCAUGUGUAUGUUAUCAACGAGCCUUGGCUCUUCUCACUGGCCUGGUGUUCUAGUGUCAACUCUGUGACCACAGACGACAUGGAACUCCUACAUCAGCUUAGUCACCCUCUCUUCUUCAUGACACCAGGAUACUACGCGUUCAUGUGGCUUUUCCUGGAUGUUACUUCUGCGGUUAUCAUUGCUUUUGUAUUUUGUUAUCACUGGAUAAAAGAGCUUAGAAGAGAAAGGUGGCUCGAAGCUACUGCAUCUACAGAUUUAUUUCCUUCGGAGAAUAAAGCAGAAACAACAGAAAACACAGAUGUCUCUGAAAAGAAGUCAAAGGCGACCUCUGAAUCUGCCAAUAUAGCCCCUGAAAAUACUAUAGAACCUGAGAGAAAAGGGCCUAAGACAGAAAAGUCAUAGGAAAAUUGGCCAGAUCCCAGCCUUCAGAGAUAUUCCAACUCUCUCCGUCUCACAGCAGUUCUGGAAGAGGAGGCUCUCAAACCACCAGACUUCCUCCAACGAGAGCUUUGUUCUACUAGGACUUGCCAAGAAGCAUAUCAAGCCACCAGUAUCUCCCCAAGGGAGUUAUUACUGUCAUACCACCAGUAACCCCUAAGAGAAUACUAUUUAUACCUCAAGGAUUCCCCCAAAGAUGACAAUGCUGUCAGAGCUUCCAAAAGGAACCUUGAACCACCAAAGUGUCCUAAGAGGGGUGUGAGCUCGUUAAUACUCCCCUCAACAGUACCAUGUCUCCUAAGGGGAAUAUCAACUAGAGCUCCUAUAGAGAAUAUCAAACCUCCAAGUUCCCAAUUAGGGGAUCACUAGGUACACUCCUCACUGAACACCACUAUGACCCCUGUAUAACUAAAUCCGUUCCCAGGAAUCUGUUUACAUGGCACAUUCCUCCUCAAGUAUGUCUUCCUUCUCCCACUGGAGAAAAUUUAACCUCACCUUGCCCUUUUCUCUUCCUUUCUGAACCUAAGUGUGGUGAUGGUAGGGUGUGGUCAAGAAGGCUCACAUCUAGACCACUGAGGCUUUCAGGAGCAGCACUCUGGCCCAGCUCCUCUCCAGGAUGUACUUGAGGAGACAGGCCAGGGCAAACAGUGGUCCCCAGUCAUGGGCCUGGAGCUGGUCACUCUCUGGGUCUGCAGGGCUGUCUCAUCUUCUGUACUGUACUCUACUCCCUGCUGAAGGAGUGUCUAGUCAGGUCAGCUUAUAAUAAAGGUAAGCUCUCAGGAAGCCAGUGUGUCAUCUGCCCCUCUGCAGUCGCCUAGGCUGAGAAAGACUGUGGGGUGGUGCAGUAGUGCCAUUUUCCUAAGUCAGGGAAGGAGAGGUGUCAUAGACAUGAGCCAAGACAAAGCUCUCAUCCCACCCUCAUUUUCUGAUCUGUGUGCAGUGAGUUGCUCCCUAAUGCCUGAGGUUUACAAUUCAUAAUCCCAUUUCACUCAAUAAAUACCCUUUGACCUUACCAGGAAAA